GGCCUGCGCGGUCCUGCCGCCAGCUCGGAAACACGGGGCCCGUCAGAGACUAACCGCUUGGGGCACCCCGCCCCCGGGACAAGGAGCCCGCGCGCCGACCCGGGCAGGGUCGCUCCCUCCGGAAUCUCCGAUUGUUUGCUGUGUGGAUUCUGGAUGCUUGAGUGUUGCGGUGCAGCCCACUAAAAUUCGGAAGUGCAUCUUAAAGCUGUUAAAACAUGGCCUCUAAAAGAGCUUUAGUGAUUCUGGCUAAGGGAGCAGAGGAGAUGGAAACGGUUAUCCCCACUGACAUAAUGAGAAGGGCAGGAAUCAAGGUGACUGUUGCAGGUUUAACAGGAAGAGAUCCAGUGCAGUGUAGCCGAGAUGUCUUCAUUUGUCCUGAUGCCAGUCUAGAAGAUGCCAGGAAAGAGGGGCCUUAUGAUGUUGUGGUCCUGCCAGGUGGAAACCUAGGAGCUCAAAAUUUGUCAGAGUCUCCUGCUGUGAAAGACAUUUUGGUGGACCAGGAGACCAGAAAAGGCCUGAUUGCUGCUAUUUGUGCAGGUCCUACUGCCUUGCUGGCCCAUGGGAUAGGGUUUGGGAGGAAAGUUACAACACACCCUUUGGCCAAAGAUAAAAUGAUGAAUGGAGACCAUUACAUGUACUCUGACAGCCGUGUGGAAAGGGACGGGAACUUUCUCACCAGCCGUGGCCCUGGCACCAGCUUUGAGUUUGGCCUGGCUAUUGUUGAAAUACUGAUGGGGAAGGAGGUGGCUGAUCAAGUGAAGGCUCCUCUUCUAUUGAAAGAUUAGUUCAGAAAGUUUGCUGAAGGGGAGGAGAGGGAGAAGAACACAAACUGAAAUGGAAAGGUUCUUGUUUCCCUUCUGAAGAGUAAGAAAAAAGCUAUGGGCUGCAUAAAAUCUAAUUGUGAAGUAAACUCCAGUAGUAUCACAUUGAACUGACCAGCACUUAACAUUUACAUUAGGAACUGGAAUAAUUUACAGGCUAAUGGUUUUUGUUCUUAAGAGAAAUUUACUUAAAUGUACCUGCUUAGCUAAUGAAACUGGUGCACUAAAACAACAUAAACAACAGUGAUAUCCUUUAAUAGUUUCAGAAUCACAUGAACAAAACUUGUUUGCUUGCUAAAAUAAAAGGAACUCUGCUUAAAAAGUGA